AACUCAUCCUUACAAUCUCCCCCACCCCCAAUCCCCCUCCAUCUCUCUCAACCUUUUGUGUAAACCAUAAACAAAAAUAUGGGUCAUCUUCUCACAAAAUCAUUUCUUUGCACUCUUUUCACGUUAAUACUUAUUGUGUCAUCCACCAAGUUAAACAUGCCUUGGUCUAUUCUCUAUGUCCUCCACUCCAUCUCCAAGCGUCCCUCCCACCUACCUCCCGGUCCACGCCCAGUUCCGAUCCUCGGGAACUGGCUCCAAGUUGGCAACGACUUGAGCCACCGGUUCCUAGCAACCCUAUCCCAAACCUAUGGCUCCAUCUUCCUCCUGAAACUCGGCUCCAAAACUUUAACUGUUGUUUCUGACCCCGAGCUAGCCAGCCAAGUCCUACACACGCAAGGCGUGGAGUUUGGGUCCCGCCCUAGGAACGUUGUCUUCGACAUCUUCACCGGGAACGGCCAAGACAUGGUCUUCACGGUCUACGGUGACCAUUGGCGCAAAAUGCGGCGGAUCAUGACACUUCCCUUCUUCACAAACAAAGUUGUCCACCAAUAUAGUGACAUGUGGGAGGAGGAAAUGGGGUCGGUCGUUGAUGACCUUAAGAGGGAAGAGAGAGUGAGAAAAGAAGGUAUAGUUAUAAGGAAAAGGUUGCAGCUUAUGUUGUACAACAUCAUGUACAGAAUGAUGUUUGACACAAAGUUUCAAUCACAAGACGAUCCUUUGUUCGUUGAGGCUACUAGGUUUAACUCCGAGAGAAGCAGACUGGCUCAGAGUUUUGAGUACAACUAUGGAGAUUUCAUUCCUUUUCUGAGGCCAUUCUUGAGGGGAUACUUGAACAGGUGUAGAAACUUGCAGCGUAGGCGUCUUGCUUUCUUCAACAACUACUUUGUUGAGAAAAGAAGGGAGAUUAUGGCUGCCAAUGGAGAGAAGCACAAGAUAAGCUGUGCCAUUGACCACAUAAUAGAUGCGCAGAUGAAAGGAGAGAUCAGUGAAGAGAAUGUGCUCUACAUUGUAGAGAACAUCAAUGUUGCAGCAAUAGAGACCACCUUAUGGUCCAUGGAGUGGGCUAUAGCUGAGUUGGUCAACCAUCCAAUGGUUCAAAGCAAAAUCCGCGACGAGAUCAAAGCUGUCCUCAAGGGAAAUCCAGUAACCGAAUCAAACCUUCAUGAAUUACCAUAUCUCCAAGCCACGGUCAAAGAGACAUUGAGGUUACACACUCCAAUACCCUUGCUGGUACCCCACAUGAACCUUGAAGAAGCAAAGCUAGGAGGUUAUACCAUCCCAAGAGAAUCCAAGGUGGUAGUCAAUGCCUGGUGGCUAGCCAACAAUCCCGCAUGGUGGAAAAAUUCCGAUGAGUUCAGACCCGACCGUUUCUUGGAGGAGGAACAGGGAACGGACGCCGUUGCAGGGGGAAAAGUUGAUUUUCGCUUUUUACCAUUUGGAGUGGGGAGGAGGAGCUGCCCUGGAAUCAUACUCGCGCUGCCCAUCCUAGGGUUGGUUAUUGCAAAGCUAGUUUCAAGCUUUGAGAUGAAGGCUCCUUCGGGGGUGGAGAAGAUUGAUGUGAGCGAAAAAGGAGGGCAAUUUAGCUUGCAUAUUGCAAACCACUCCACGGUUGUGUUCAAUCCAAUCAAGGCGUGACUUAUUUAGUUUCGUAGUAGCAAUCCUCAAGGCGAAUUGGUUCAACUUCAAUCUUCAUUUUAGUAUCUUAUACUUUUGUUUUGCUUGUCA